AUGGCAAUACGAACAGCAGGAAGUUAUGUAUCGAAAAGUAAGGGAGCAAAGAAGAAUAAGAGCAGGGGAAAGGAGAGCAGGUUCAGUAAGAACAAGUUCUACAAUUUGACAAGUAGACUGUUUCCUGUAACAAGUCAUGGAACAACUAGUCAUCCUAAAGUGAGAAGUAGACAGGAUUUGAAUCAAUUUCUGAUUGGAAGGACAUUCUCAGUGAAUCAGGGAGACUUAGAAUGCAGUGAUCCAAAGCAGGCGCAGAACAGUCCAAGAUACUUCAAGUUCAAGGUGAAUGGAGUACGUGGGAAUGACUGUCUUUCGGUGUUCAAUGGAAUGGAAGUGUCACAGGACAAGGUGACUGCGAUGAUCAGGAAGUGGCAUACGCUGAUUGAAACACAGGUGGAAAUCAGCACGAAGUGUGGAUCGACGUGGAGGAUAUUCGUAAACACCGUUACGAAGAGGAAGAAUCCAAAUGGACUGAGGCAUUAUGCAAAGGCAUCUGAGGUGAAAGAAAUCAGGAAGAUUAUUGUUGAGAUACUGACGAAGACACUGAAUGGAAUUGAAGUAGAGAAACUGGUUAAGAUUCUAUCAACUGACAAUCUGGUGAGGGAGAUUGAGACGAAAUGCAGUUCGAUUUAUCCAGUAGUAGCAAUGGUAAGAAAAGUAAAGACCAUUAAAAAUAUGCAAUGCAUCAGAAACAAGAUAAAGGGAGAAGAAGAGGAAGCAAAGAACGAAUUUGAAGGAUGUGAAAGUGACUAA